AGAACCAAUGACAGUGCAGGCACAGGACUUUCCUGGCACUAUAUGAAUCAGUCCUUUUAGUGCAGUAAUAGCUCGCGCCUUCCACGUGUGUAAAAUUUAUCUGAGAAGCCAAAACGGCAGAAAAAGAAGAUGUCUGAAACUGAAAGGAAAAGCUCCAAUUACAACAGUGUGACUAUGAAAGUCUACAGAAAGUUUAAGCAGAAAGUAGCUCUGAAGAACAGCCUAGCAAAAGAAACGCUUUCUGAGUUUUUCGCCACAUGUUUACUUAUAAUUCUUGGCUGUGGUUGUGUUGCAACGUCUGUCCUUAGCAAUAGAUCCUCAGAUGCCUACCUCACAAAUAACCUGGGCUUUGCAAUGGCAGUGACUAUAGCAGUUUAUGUCGCUGGAGGGGUCUCAGGUGGCCAUAUAAACCCGGCUGUCUCCUUUGCCAUGUGUUUAACAGGAAGACUAAAGUGGGCGAAGUUUCCUUUCUAUGUAAGUGCACAGUUUUUGGGUGCAAUAGCUGGAUCUGCAGCAGUUUUUGGCAUCUAUUAUGAUGCAAUUUAUAAUUACACAGGAGGGAUUCUUACAGUUGACGGUCCAAAUGCUACGGCAUACAUUUUUGCAACAUAUCCAAUGCCUUAUCUGUCAAUUUUGGGUGGUUUUGCAGAUCAGGUGACGUCUACUGCUCUCCUACUCAUUGGAGUAUUUGCAAUAUUUGACAACAAGAAUUUGGGAACACCCAAGGGGCUAGAACCAAUUGCAGUUGGUCUUCUUAUUUUGCUUUUAGGAUUGUCACUUGGAAUGAAUUCGGGAUGUGCAAUGAAUCCUGCAAGAGAUCUGGGACCAAGGAUCUUCACUGCUAUGGCUGGAUGGGGCAUGGAAGUAUUCACGUCUGGAAAUAACUGGUGGUGGGUUCCUGUCGUGGGGCCCAUGGUUGGAGCAGCCAUUGGUGCCUUCAUUUAUGUACUCUGUAUAGAAGCUCAUUACAGCAAUGACAUGGAAGAUACCCAUAACAGCCUGGAAGCAGAUCACUGUGAAAAACAGGAACUUACCAACAUGGCUUGAUGUGCCCACUUGGACUAAUUGAACCCUAUGUUUGGACUGGGAAUCAAAUACUGAAUUGUGGUGUUAUCACAACCACCUGCCAAAAUAAUCUAAUCUAAGGAAUACAACAUUUUACUGUGAUGAAGCACACGUAACAGCCACUAUAUUACCGGCUCAAUUUGAAAAGGAAAAUGUGCGCUUUUUUAAUGGCUUGUAUUUUAUAUUUUAUUCUUAGCCAUUAUUCCCGCAGAUAAAAGUACUGGGGCAUAAUCAUAUGACCUCUUAAUUGCUGGGACAUAAAUCCCAUGUGUUAAUGAAGCACUAAUGGACCAUACACUGGGUCAUGAAGGUGUAUGCAGGUGAUUGGUCUUGUUAUGCAUCAAUGCGUAAUAGGUGUGAUCAAUCAUCAGUACCAUUAAAAUAUGCUACCUGGUAAAAUGAUUUUACUGUCAGGGGCCAACAGUUUUACGUCUAUCAGAUAUUGUUCCCCAUCUAAAAGGAAAUGUUUUUUACAUUGCCAUUAAUUAUGCUGCUAGAGGGGGCAAACUAUGAAGCAAUAAACCCACUGUUCUUUGGAUUACUAGGAGCUGCCAAGCCAUUGAAUGGCCCAACCCUAAUUAGCUAUAUUUGAUGCAAAGAAUCUCUCUUCGAUGAAAAGUUUACAAAUGUACUUCUCUGCUUUCUAUAUAGCGCUAGCAAGUUAGUGAAUGCUGUGCUUUACACUGAUAUAUAACAAACACAGGGUCUUAGAAUAAUGUAACAAGAAGGGUUACAGAAUAUGAACUGGAUCAAAUUGCCCUCCUCAAAGAGCUUACAAUCUAAAUACUUUGACCGUCGUGCCCCUUUGAUUAUUCCUCUGGCAUUUUCAUGUCUUAGAGGUGAGUAAUAUUUAGAAGCCCACUUUAUACAACUCUUAGCCCCUUAAAAACAGCCCCACCCCUCAAAAAGUGUUAUUAAAACAAUAAAACAAAGGACUAGGGAGCACUUACUUAAACAUAACGCAUUACGGCCAUCUUCAGAUUGAAUGUACAAGUAGUCUGAGGACAUGGGUGAAGAGAUGAGCAGGUCUAUUGUGGCAGUAUAAAAAUGGGUGAAGUAAGUGUCAGAAAAGAGUAAAGAUAGAUCUUUUGGGCAGAAAUAGAAUUUAGUUGGACUUUGGUCUAGUGUAGAGUCUUUCAUUCAUAUACAGCCUAAGACUGCACAUUCUAAUGUAAUAACCAAUGAAUUGUAAUUGUCAUUUAAUGUGAUAGUAUGAUAGUAUUGUGCUUAGGCUAGUCUCACAUAGGGAGGUUUCUAGAAAUAUAAAAGAAGAAACAACCCAGGCACUCUUUCCUUCUGCAUUGACAGGCAUGAGCAGCCCAUCCACUCUUUCCAUCUGCAUUGACAGGCAUGGUUUUGGCCUGGGUGCAAACACCCACAUGUAUGCAUUUUUGUAUCAAAAUGUGUUCUGUGUGUCUGCACCCAGGCUGAAGCCAUGCAUGUCAAUUGAGACAGAGGACGAUCAUAGGAGAGUGGAACGGCUGCUUCUCAGCCUGCGGAUAGACAGCCACUGACCUUAGGGAACAUAGAACAGUUUUCAUUGGUUUUGUUACCACUAGAUCUCCGUUCUAGCAACAAUGUACCAGAAAAAUAAUAAAUACCAAGAAAAAGUAAAAA